GGUCACAGCAGAGAGCACUGGGAGUGAGGUGGGGAGAGCAAUGUUCUCUGGAAGUCAAAUUUUUAUGGGCAUCCUUGUCUUUCUCUUUGUCUGGAUUUCUCUGAUAUUCCUGAACAUCCAGAGAGUGCGAAGGAAACUGCCUCCAGGACCAACACCUCUCCCCUUCAUUGGCAAUCUGGGAACACUGGACUUCCAAAUUCAUCAUGAAACUCUCUUGAAGAUGGUGAGGAUGUAUGGAAAUGUAUACACACUGUGGCUGGGAAGAACACCGGUGAUUGUGCUGAAUGGAUUCCAAGCAGUGAAGGAUGCCUUGAUUGAGCACGCUGAAGAAUUUGCUGAGAGACCCAUCACACCCUUCUUUAGGGAUGUCGUGGGAGGCCCCUAUGGCAUCAUUUUUUCCAAUGGGCACACCUGGAAGGAGCAGAGACGGUUCAGCCUGAUGACUCUGCGGAACCUGGGUCUAGGCAAAAAAAGCCUGGAAGCCUGGAUCCAGGAGGAAGCCAACUGCCUGGUCAAGGUCUUUGCCAGAGAAAGAGGCAGACCUAUGGAUCCCUCUCUCCCCAUCCUUUCUUCCAUCAACAACGUGAUUGCUGCUGUGCUUUUUGGACAUUGCUUCUCUACAGAGGCUGAUGCGUUCCAGAGGCUGCUCAAAGGCUCGCAGGCCAUGGCGGGAUUCCUAGGCACCUUCUGGCCUCGACUCUACGAUACUUUCCCAUCACUGUUGAAGCACUUAAGCCCUGUGUUAAUGAGAUCACUGGUGGCAUUAAAACACCUGCAGGAUCUACGUACAGUUAUUAAGGAUGAGAUCAGGAACCACCAGGAGAGCUGGGUGCCUGGAGAGCCACGGGACUUCAUUGAUGCAUACCUAGCUCAGAUGUUAAAGACAAAGGAUGACCCCACAUCUACGUUUAAAGAGACCAACAUGGUGCAAGUGAUCACAGACCUCUUCAUAGCGGGUUCAGACACCACCACUAUCACGUUAUGCUGGGCUCUCCUCUACAUGAUGAUGUACCCAGAAGUACAAGAACGAGUCCAAGAAGAAUUAGAUGCUGUCAUUGGUCCAUCUCGUGCAAUUGAAUAUAAGGACCGAGUGAUCUUGCCGUACACAAAUGCAGUUCUGCAUGAGAUUAUGCGUUACAGCAGCAUAAGUGCCAUAGGGGUAAUGCGCAAGUGCACCCAGGAUACCAUUCUACAAGGCUUCCCUAUCACUAAGGGCACCUUAAUUUUCCCCAACAUAUUUUCUGUCCUGUAUGACAAAGAGCAAUGGGUGACUCCUCGACAGUUUAACCCUGGUCAUUUCCUGGACAAGGAUGGAAACUUUGUGAGCAGAGAAGCCUUCAUGCUCUUUUCUGCAGGUCUAUGCAGCAAAAGACAGAGGUGCUGAUUUCAGAGACCGGUAGCAGCUUCACCUUCUUGAGGAAAAAAAACUAAGACUACCUAGUGUCUGAAAUUCUCAACAAAAUGAACUGCGAUUGUGGAAAUGAGGUAGAUUGUCCCGUGGGAAAAAAAUGACAAAUUAAAGAUCCCUCAGAGAGCAGGGGAUAGAAGUCUGUUUACUAAUUAAGAACUGGCUCCUGGAAGAUACUGGAAAUCUCUACCAAUAUUGAUAUCAGUGGACACCAAGAGGCCAGCAGAUGAAGCUGCUGCAUAUCAGGUUUAUUUAUGAACAGCAUUUACAUAUGAACAAUUUUUAGAACGCACAUUCCUGAUCUACAGGUUAAGGAUUUUCUCUGACUCUAUCCAUGUCGUAAGUUGGUGGAGAAACAGAAAGUACUUUGGUCAGAAAUCUGAUCAUUAAUUCUGCUGGAUAGCAGAAAUUAUUGGGCAGAGGUUUGUAAAAAGCUAUGAGAAGAUUCUCUUCUCAUGGGGCAAUGUCUUCUCUUCUCAUGUAGUGUGAGGGGAAGCUGAAGGAGGGAUUAUCUCCCUGCCCUCUAUGAACUGUCCAUUAACCUCUCCUAACACAUCAGGCAUUGCAGGGUUUUACUGGUAUAUUUUUUCUCUCCUCUUCCCAUCUCGGACGCUAUCCAUGUCUCAGGUGAGAGACACUAGAGAAAUACAGCGACCGUAGACGUUGGAAGGGGCUGUAGAUCUCAGCAGCUCUGUUCACAGGGUGCCCCAAGAUGAGUGUUAACAGAUCUAGAGCACUUCUCUGCUUUCAUACCGCAGUAAGUGGCUACACGUAGGGACUGCAAAUCUCUCCUGUUCUUCUGGGCUUCACAGCAGAGAUGUGCUCUUGCCUACGCGGGGGUGAAGCCCACGCAUGACACAUUCUCCUCGCU